UAAGCGUACUUCUCCGUAACGAGACCAGUAGUAGGUUAAAGUUCAAACUUGCAACUGACUGGUCUCCAAUUAGAGUAUACUUUAUUGGUUGGAAAGUAUCAAGACGGGCAACAUGUCAGCAGUUCUAUGGCGUAUAACACUCCUGUGCGUUUUGCUCCAGGCGACCCACGUCCUCUCGGAAUAUUUUGAUAACGAACAUGCGCAACGUUGCCGGGAGGAGAACAAGGUGGAAAUUUCCGACCUCGAGGGAGUUUUCGACGAGAACGAUAUCGUCGUCCGAAGCGAUUCCCGCUUGCACGCCCUAAUGUUGUGCAUGUAUCAAAGGCAGAAUCUUAUUAAAGACGGCAAAUAUGUGAGGGAUGCCGUUAUAAAACAUAUUGCUGAAAGGCCGACACCGAUAGAUGUUGCCGAGAAGGUAUUUGACAAGUGUAGAACCGAAGAUGAGGAAGUGACCGGGGAGAUCGCAAUUAAUUUACGCAACUGCCUUAUAAAAGAAAUUGGAGAAUAUUUUGCGAGCGUUAAAGGGUCAGAGAGUAAUGAUACUCGUAAUCAUUGAUAUAAUUAAACAAAUAAGUUGAA